AUGGGUCGAGUCUCGUUCGCCGACAAUGUAGAAGAGCGACGCAUCGAAGAGAUUGAGGAAAGCGAACAGGAACCGUAUAGCGUGUACGAAUACCAGGAUGGACCCGAGAACAAGUCCUGGGCUGGUGCCCUGCCUAUGAAGCAGGGUCUCUAUGACCCAUCCCUCGAGAAAGAUGCUUGUGGUGUGGGCUUCGCUGCUCAUAUCAAGGGCAAGCCGAGCCACAAGAUCGUCACAGAUGCACGAAGCCUCCUUUGCAACAUGACCCACCGCGGUGCAGUCGGAUCAGAUGCACGAGACGGAGAUGGCGCUGGCGUCAUGACUUCUCUGCCACACAAAUUCUUCGUGAAGAAUUUUGAGCGUGAGCAGGGCAUCAAGUUGCCAGCUCUCGGCAAAUACGCUGCCGGUAAUCUUUUCUUCAAGCCAGAGGAAGAGGCGCUCAAGGAUACACUCGACACAUUCGAAGACAUUGCGAGCCAGCUCGAUCUUCGAGUCCUCGGGUGGCGUGAGGUGCCAAAGGACAGCACUCUUCUCGGUCCUGCUGCGAAGUCUCGAGAGCCCAUCAUCCUCCAGCCGUUCGUGGUGCUCAAGUCCGCAUACGGCGAGGGCAAAGAGCCCAAGGCGGACUUUGAUGAAGCAUACAAUGAGCAGCAAUUCGAGAAGCAGCUGUACAUACUUCGAAAGCGCGCGACACACACCAUUGGCCUGCACAACUGGUUCUACCUCUGCUCACUGAGCAAUAAAAACAUCGUAUACAAGGGACAAUUGUCACCCGUGCAGGUCUACGACUACUUUCACGACUUGGUGAACGUCGAUUACGAAGCGCAUUUCGCCCUCGUGCAUUCGCGUUUCUCCACCAAUACUUUCCCAUCUUGGGACAGAGCCCAGCCACUCCGAUGGGCAGCACACAACGGAGAGAUCAAUACGCUUCGAGGCAACAAGAACUGGAUGCGUGCUAGAGAGGGCGUGCUCAAGUCUGAAUUCUUCGGCGAUGCGUUGGAGAGUCUCUACCCAAUCAUUGAAGACGGCGGUUCGGACUCUGCAGCCUUCGACAAUGUCUUGGAACUGUUGACCAUCAACGGCGUGCUCUCGCUACCAGAGGCUGUCAUGCUCAUGGUGCCAGAAGCUUGGGAGGGAAACGACACCAUCGACCCAGCCAAGCGUGCGUUCUACGAAUGGGCUGCUUGUAUGAUGGAGCCUUGGGACGGACCCGCACUCUUCACGUUCUCGGAUGGCCGAUACUGCGGUGCGAACCUGGACCGAAACGGUCUCCGCCCAUGCAGAUACUACGUGCUUGACGACGAUCGCAUCAUCUGCGCUUCCGAGGUCGGCACGAUCAAGAUCGACCCGUCCACUGUUGUUCAGAAAGGUCGACUUCAGCCUGGUCGCAUGUUGCUGGUCGAUACAGUAGCCGGCAGGAUCAUUGAUGAUGCCGAGUUGAAGAAGACUGUGGCGACCCGAAAGGAUUUCAGGUCAUGGCUCGACUCGCAGCUGCUCGAGAUGCCCAAGGUGCACGCAAAGCUAGCCGCCAAAGGUGUGGAUCUCGCGCAAGUGGUCACCAAAGACACUGUACAGGAUGACCCACGCUUCAAGGCUUUUGGCUACUCCCUGGAGCAAGUCACUUUGGUGCUGGCUCCUAUGGCAGCCGAUUCGAAAGAAGCUCUUGGCUCCAUGGGCAACGAUGCGCCGUUAGCAUGCUUGGCAAGCCAGCCACGUCUGCUCUUUGAGUAUUUCCGUCAGCUCUUUGCUCAGGUCACCAACCCACCUAUCGAUCCUAUCCGAGAGUCUGUGGUCAUGUCUCUUGGCUCCUACGUCGGACCCCAGGGCAAUUUGCUCGAGAUGAACAAGGAGCAAUGCCAGAGACUUUACCUACCUUCGCCAAUACUGGCUGUGGAGGAGUUCAAUGCACUCGUCAACAUUAAGCAGAUACAGUCGAGCUGGAGCGUAGCCACUGUCGAUAUCACCUUCCCCAAGUCCGAGGGCAUUGCUGGCUACCUGAACGCGCUGGACCACAUCAACCAAGCUGCGACAGAUGCCAUUGAGCGUGGUGACCGAAUCAUCAUUCUAUCUGACCGCAAGACUUCGAACGAGCGUGUUGCUGUCUCUUCUCUGCUAGCCACUGGAAUGGUCCACCAUCACCUCGUCCGUAACAGAUGGCGUGCCCAGGCUGCCCUGAUAGUCGAGACUGCCGAAGCUCGUGAGGUGCAUCACAUGUGUGUCUUGGUCGGCUAUGGUGCAGAUGCCAUCUGCCCAUACCUCGCGAUCGAGUGUAUCCUUAAGCUCCACCGCGAGGGUCUGAUUCGCAAGAAGAUGACACCCGAAGAGCUCAUUGGUAACUACAAGCACUCUUGCGAUGGUGGUAUCCUGAAAGUGAUGAGCAAGAUGGGUAUUUCUACGCUGCAGUCAUACAAGGGAGCUCAAAUCUUCGAAGCUCUUGGUGUUGACGACAGCGUUGUUGACCGCUGCUUCACCGGCACUGCGACCCGCAUUCGUGGUAUGACAUUCGACUUGAUUGCUCAGGAUGCCUUUGCGCUUCACGAGAGGGGUUUCCCCAGCCGACACAUCAAGGAGAUUCCGGGCUUGUCUGAAACUGGAGAAUAUCACUGGCGUGAUGGUGGCGAGGCUCACAUCAACGACCCCACCUCGAUCGCCAACAUUCAGGACGCCGUUCGCACCAAGAACGACAAGUCUUACGAGGCGUACUCGAAGUCCGAGUACGAGCAGAUCAAAAACUGCACACUCCGAGGGCUGCUUGACUUCGAGUUUGAGGCUCGCAACCCCAUCCCAAUCGAGCAGGUUGAGCCAUGGACCGAGAUCGUGCGCCGAUUUGUCACUGGCGCUAUGUCUUAUGGGUCCAUCUCCAUGGAGGCUCAUUCGACGCUCGCCGUGGCCAUGAACAGACUUGGUGGCAAGUCCAACACCGGUGAGGGUGGCGAAGACCCAGAGCGCAGUCUGCCAAUGGACAAUGGCGACACUAUGCGCUCAGCGAUCAAGCAGAUUGCUUCAGGCCGCUUUGGUGUCACCAGCAACUACCUUGCUGAUGCCGACGAGCUUCAGAUCAAGAUGGCUCAGGGUGCCAAGCCCGGUGAGGGAGGUGAGUUGCCAGGUCACAAGGUCUCGGAGCCCAUCGCACGCACUAGGCACUCUACACCAGGUGUUGGUUUGAUCUCGCCCCCACCACAUCACGACAUCUACUCGAUCGAGGAUUUGAAGCAGCUCAUCUACGACCUGAAGUGCUCGAACCCACGUGCGCGUGUAUCGGUCAAGCUGGUCUCCGAGACUGGUGUCGGCAUCGUCGCAUCUGGUGUGGCCAAGGCCAAGGCCGACCACAUUCUCAUCUCCGGCCACGAUGGUGGUACUGGUGCCUCCCGAUGGACUGGUAUCAAGUACGCUGGUUUGCCUUGGGAAUUGGGUCUUGCUGAGACUCAUCAAACGCUCGUGCUCAACGAUCUCCGUGGUCGUGUUGUGGUACAGACUGACGGCCAGAUUCGUACUGGACGUGACAUCGCUAUGGCUUGUCUGCUUGGUGCCGAAGAGUUUGGGUUCGCUACUACGCCCUUGAUCGCCAUGGGCUGCAUUAUGAUGCGGAAGUGCCACCUCAACACUUGCCCGGUGGGCAUUGCAUCUCAAGAUCCCGAGCUUCGCAAGAAGUUCAAAGGUACUCCGGAGCACGUCAUCAACUUCUUCUACUACCUCUCGAACGAGCUACGUGCUAUCAUGGCUAAGCUGGGCUUCCGCACUGUCAACGAGAUGGUCGGGCGCACGGAAGUAUUGAAGGUUCGUGAGGACUUGCGCAACGCAAAGACUGAGAACAUCGACCUGUCUCUUAUCCUCACCCCAGCGCACACCCUUCGGUCUGGUGUGGCAACCUACAACGUUCGCAAGCAGGACCAUAGACUGCACGUUCGUCUUGAUAACAAGCUCAUCGCAGAGUCUGAGACGGCCUUGGAGAAGGGUCUACCAUGUCGCAUCGAGUGCGACAUCGUCAAUACUGACCGUGCUCUUGGUGCUACUCUUUCUUACCAGAUCAGCAAGCGUUAUGGCGAGAAGGGCCUACCGCAGGACACUAUCCAUGCAAACAUCAGAGGUUCAGCUGGUCAGUCGUUCGGCGCCAUGCUGGCUCCUGGAGUGACUCUCGAGCUUGAGGGCGAUGCCAACGAUUACGUCGGGAAGAUGCUCUCCGGUGGACGCCUUAUCGUCUACCCACCACGAUCGGCUGUCUACAAGGCCGAGGAGAACAUCAUCAUUGGCAAUGUCUGCUUAUACGGUGCUACAAGUGGAACAUGCUUCUUCCGUGGUGUGGCUGCCGAGCGUUUCGCUGUACGGAACUCUGGUGCCACUGCCGUUGUCGAAGGUGUCGGUGAUCAUGGCUGCGAGUACAUGACUGGUGGUCGUGUCAUCGUCCUUGGCAGCACUGGUCGCAACUUUGCGGCCGGUAUGUCUGGUGGUAUCGCAUACGUCCUUGAUAUACACCACGACUUUGAGGGUAAGGUCAACACCGAAAUGGUCGAGCUUUCCGGUGUCGAAGAUCCUCAGGAGAUCGCAUUCCUACGCGGUCUCAUUGAGGACCACCACCACUACACUGGCUCUGAGCUAGCAGCGCGCGUUCUUCUCGACUUUACUCGCGCUCUGCCUCGCUUCGUGAAGGUCUUGCCCACCGACUACAAGCGCGUCAUGGCGGAGAAUGCCGCCAAGGAGGCUGAGGCGAAGAAGAACCAGUAUCCUCUCCCCAUCCUGCCCGGUAACGCUGUACGGGACCUGCAUCAAGACUCACUGAAGGCAGAACACGCAAAGGAGGCUAAGGAGCACAAGAAGAACGAGCUGAUGGACAUUGAAGAGAGUGUCCAAGACGAUAAGGCUGAGAAGAAGAGGUCUCAGCUUGUCUUGGACAAGACCCGCGGGUUCAUGAAGUACCAGCGCCGCAAGGAGACUUACCGCAGCGCAAAGACCCGUACCCGUGACUGGGGUGAGCUGUCUUCUCGUCUGAACGAGGAUGAGCUCAAAUAUCAGGCAGCCCGCUGCAUGGACUGUGGUGUGCCAUUCUGCCAGUCUGACACCGGCUGCCCCAUCAGCAACAUCAUUCCCAAAUGGAACGAAUUAAUCUUCCAGGCAAGUGCCGCGCCCAACCAAUGGCAAGAUGCUCUCAAUAGGCUGCUCAUGACCAACAACUUCCCAGAAUUCACUGGACGUGUAUGCCCGGCUCCUUGCGAGGGCGCCUGUGUGCUCGGCAUCAAUGAGGACCCUGUCGGGAUCAAGUCCAUCGAGUGCGCCAUCAUCGAUCGUGGAUUCGAGAUGGGCUGGAUGGUACCGACACCACCUACCCACCGAACUGGCAAGAACGUGGCCGUCAUUGGAUCUGGUCCAUCUGGUCUUGCUUGCGCCGAUCAACUCAACAAGUGUGGCCACUCCGUCACCGUUUACGAACGAUCGGACCGGAUUGGUGGUCUGCUCAUGUAUGGUAUUCCCAACAUGAAGCUUGACAAGAAUGUCGUGCAACGCCGUGUCGACUUUAUGGCCGAUGAGGGCAUCAAGUUCCAGCCAAGCACAUUCAUUGGUGAGGGCGAUAUCACACUGGACACUCUGCGUGAGAGCAAUGAUGCUGUUGUCAUUGCCACUGGAGCAACAGUCCCGCGUGACUUGCCCAUCCCGAACCGCAACAUCAAUGGCAUCCACAUGGCCAUGCAGUUCCUGCACAAGAACACCAAGGCUCUGCUGGACUCUGGACUCGAGAAUGGCGCAUACAUAUCCGCCAAGGACAAGCACGUUGUUGUCAUUGGUGGCGGUGACACUGGUAACGACUGCAUCGGUACGUCCGUUCGUCAUGGUGCCAAGUCUGUCAUCAACUUCGAGUUGCUGCCACAGCCACCUGCCGAGCGUGCCCGCGACAAUCCAUGGCCUCAGUGGCCUCGCAUCUACCGUGUCGACUACGGUCACACCGAGGUCAAGACUCACAUGGGCCGCGAUCCUCGCGAGUACUGCGUCAUGUCCACCGACUUUGUGGACGAUGGCGAAGGUAACGUCAAGGGCAUCAACACUAUCCGUGUUGAAUGGACCAAGACCUCCACCGGUGGCUGGGACAUGAAGAAGCUGGAGGGCACCGAGGAGUUCUUCCCUGCUGACCUUGUCCUUCUUUCCAUGGGUUUCUUGGGCCCAGAGGACAAAGUCAUGGGUGGCAAGAUUGAUAAGGAUCCGCGCAAGAACAUCAAGACCCCACCAGGUCACUACAACACCAACCUCGAGGGCGUAUUCGCUGCCGGUGAUUGCCGUCGUGGACAGUCUCUUAUCGUCUGGGGUAUCAACGAAGGUCGCAUGGCUGCUCGUGACGUCGACGCCUUCCUCACCGGUACCGGUUCCGCCCUGCCAGUCACAGGUGGCAUCGUCAAACGCCCACCCUACGAGUUCCUCCACGGUGCGAAGGAGAACGGGCAGCCCUCGGAGCUCGUCUCAGCUGCCGCCUAA